AGACCCUCCUACACCUCACAGAGUGCACCAACAUGACGCACCGUCCACUUCCGGCGGCUUCAGCUGACUUCCGGGAGCAGUAACAUGGCGGCUGUCGUACCAUUUUUAUUACCAUAGAGAAGUCCAUGACGUCCUGCGCUGAAUAUGGACUCUGUAAUUUCACGGAACUUUAUUAGAACAGAACAAACUGUUCACAACUGAGGAGUGACUCCUUAGGAUCCUCGUGUCUCUUUGUAAUGUCCUUGAAAGAUGUCCCGAGAAAGAAAGCUUUUCCGGCAGGACCCAUCUUCAGGAUCAGAAGGUUCCUCUGAGUCCAGCUGUUCAUCCUCUCAGGAUGGUUUCUCCAUGUCUGCUAAAUCAGGACCCAGAGGUCACAGGGCUAAGAACCAGGGUUCCUUCCCCUUUAGCCUCUUGCCUAUUGACUGCCAGCUCCACGUCUUCUCAUUCCUCUCUGAAGUAGAGAAGUGCACGGCUGCCAUGGUCUGCUCGAACUGGAGUAAACUCAUGCGUACGCCACGCCUUUGGAGGGUGGCGGACUUCAUGAGGCUCGGGGCUGUCCUCUCGGGCAUGGACGGGGUGCUGGUUUCGGUGAGAGAGUUUGAGCGGUGGAAGGAGUGGGUGCACCAGUAUGCUUACCAUCUCACGUCCCGCAGUGCCAGCUUGUUGGUCCUUCGGGCUAGUUUUGAUUUGGGAGACCAGAGAACCAAAUGGGCCAACUUCCUCCUCCAGUUUCUUGAUAGCGUUCACUGUGGAGACCUUCAGGAGUUGGAGCUGAAUUGGACAUUGACGCAUCUGGAGCCUCUUGAUAUUUACCCUCCCGGUAGCAUGGCUCAAAUAUGUCUAGCCAAGACAGAUCAAUUUAACAGCUUCCAGACUCUUUUUGAACGCCUCACCCGUACAUCCCCCAAACUGAGCCGCAUGAAGCUGCCAUUUGAUUGGUCAGAACAUUCAGUAACGCUUCUCACACACUUCCAGCAUCUCAACACGUUAGAACUGAACUAUUUCUGGGUUUUUAAGAGUGUCCGGCCGGAAACCAUGCAACAGCUUACACGGUCGCUUCCGAAGCUGAAGACCUUAAUUCUUCAGGUUCUGGUUCCUGUGAAGGACUUGGGAGUAUCUUACCCUAUGGAGUCUAAGUCUCUAGAGUUUUUAGAUGUGUCUCAGAGUCGGGGACUGGUGUUCAGCCACCUGGAUUUACCAUCCCUGAAAGAACUUAAGGUUAAGAAAACCAUCAGGGGAAUCAUCUUGAAUCGUAGAACCCGCGUUGCCCUUCAAACCCGAUGGUCGUGUUUGUACGACUUACUGAAGUUUGGCACUCCGAAACUUCAAAUGUUUAACGCACACACGUUGCUUCCGAACUGGCAGACACAGACUUACCCAGAACUCAAUGAGGUCCUGCUACAGUCUUGUUAUUGCAUUCAACACACGGACACGUGGCUGCUCUGAGCAGGUCCUCCUACCCAUCAGUAUAUGGUCAAUACAUCUCAGGAACCCAUCAUAGGACUAAUCUCAUUAAAAUCUAUCGUGUACCUAGUCCUGAGGAAAACCAUCUCGUGCCACAAAAGCACUGAUACCUUCAUUAGACCCUAAGGGCUGUAUUACACCAACAGAUAUUCUGACAGAUUGUCUGACCAAUCAUUCUUCAGAUGGCCGUUUACACAGACAGAUCUUUUGUUAUUCACACCAACUAUUGGUCUGAUUGGAAAGAAAUUGGUCAGAUAAUCAGUUGGUAUAAAACAGCCUUAAAUAAAGCUUGAGUUGAUCAUUUCACUGAAGGUAUCAAAGUCAUUCCUGGUCCAAAAUCAAAAACUUCUUGAUAUUGUUUAGGUCUUUUUUUAUAAGUAUCUUUUUCUUAGUGAUAACCAUUAUCUUCAUCCUUAAAAAUACCAUAGUUGUCACUAAGGUUCUGAAUUGACCACCUAGCUUUACUUGGUGGAUCUACCAGUUACCAUUUUUAACCUCAUUCAGUAGCAAGACUCAAAGGUCUAUUUACAGUGGAUUUUUUAGCUGGUGGCGGAGGGACGUGCUGAUUUUUCGUAAUGGGAAAUAUUGGGGUGCUGGGGUGGGUGAGACCAAGACUCUCAUCUUCGACCUUGAGGUCUCCAGCUGCAGUGCUCACCUGAUAGGCCAUAAAAUGGCAUAUUCUGAUUGUUUAAAGAAGGAUCUGGGGAAAUACUAGCAUUGACCAUUCCUAGUUGUGCGGUGAGGGCCUGGAAGCUCACAAUCUAGUCUCGAAGAAGCUUCUGUGCAAUUUUUUUCUUCAUUCGCCAAUUUAUAAGGUUACACAUUAAAUGUGAAUAAUGUUUUAUUAAAGAUAUUGCUGCUUCUAUUUA